UUCCCUCCCUUCCUCCGUCCCCGCUUCCCUCCGUGCUUCCCGCCCGGCCCGCUGGGCGCCCCGGUGCCGGGAUGGAGGAGGCGCACCGGGCGGCCCGUCUGGCCGCGUCCUGCCUGCGCACCCCGCUGGACCCGCGCACCAGAGCGCCCGCCGCGCUCUACGAGCGGGGCCCGCCGCCCGCACCCUCCGCCCAGGAUGGCUUUGAUUUGGAUUCAAACACCAACAGAGCGCAGACCCCCCCUCUAAAAGGAGACUGUGACAAGUGGAUAGACUUCUCCAAAAUAUGCAAUUCAAAUCAAGAGUAUUACUUGAAGCUGGAAGAGUUGAAGAAUGCCCACCUGGAGACCAUGAAAAAAUUGGAAAGUAUGUAUCGGAACAAACUGCAUUUAAGAGGAGCACAACCCUUGGACAAGAGAAAGGACACCUCUUUUAACUCUUGUAGGCCAACUUGGGACAGGAGCUCGUAUCAGCCUCUAAACUUGCACAAAUCCUUUUCAGACUCCGACUUAAGUGAUCCCUUGGGCUCAACUAUAUCCGACGUGUCUGACGUGGAAUUAGUAUUUGAAGGAAACGGGAGUGAAGCCGGAUCAUCCUCGUUGGCUAAGCAACGGAUUGAGAAGAUGUGGGAUGGGUUCUCCAUGGAAGACUACAUCUCCCGCCUCCCAGACAGCCCGCCCGCCUCGCCCACCUGCAGGAAGGCCCGGAAGAAACCCAAGGAGUGGUCCCCCAAAGUCACCGUGCCCAAGCCUUUCCAGAUGACCAUCAGAGAAGCUCAGAAGAAAGAACAGAACGUUAAAUCCAAGUCACGGAUCGAACUGGAGAAUCACUUACUGAAGAAGCAGCUGGAGGAAGAAGCAGAGUGCCAGAAAAAAUUCCGGGCCAACCCGGUGCCCGCCGCCGUCUUCCUCCCGCUCUACCACGACAUCGUGCAGCGGAACGAGGAGCGCAGGAGGUCUGUGAAGGAGAGGAGCAAACUCAAGCUCUUGGCUUCCCAGAAACCCUUUAAAUUCAUUGAACGAGAGAGGCAAAGGAGUGAAAUCAGGAAAAUGCAGUUAAGAGACAUUUCCGUGCCUGAAAGUCCAGCCAAAGUGUUCAGAGCAAAACCGGUUCCCAAGUGUGUUUAUAGCCCAGAUUUUAAUGAGAGGCUGAAGGAGGAGGAGCUCUACAGGGAAAUCAGGAUCAGGAUGAGAGCUGAGGAGAUGCUGCGUAAUUCCUCUGUCCCCAACAGCAGGCUGGCCUUAAAAGAGACCAAAAAAACCAAGAAACACAAGAGCACUGACCCAAAACAAACAGCACACAAACCCAGGAUCAACUCCAGCAUUCCAGACUUUGAAAGGUUAUAUGAGAGAUUCCAGAAACGGCUCCUGCAGCAAAGGCAAGUGAAAGACCUCACAGUGUGUGAGCCCUUCAACCUUCUGACUUCAUACAUCCCCUCAAACAAGGGCAAGAUUCUGAAGGACAUUGAGGAGGAUGAAGAGAAGCUGAAGGAAACCCGGUGGCCAUUUGCCUCUCCCAGACGGAAACCCCAAAUGAGACAUUCAAGUGAGAAUUCCCAACUCUUGGGAGCUGGAAAAUCCAAGUCUCCCAAAAACACAGAGUCCACCAGACGAAGGCUACAAGCCUUAAGGAACGAUGAGAAGCGGAGAAGGCAGGAAUAUUUGCAAGAGUUGCAAGAAAUGGAAGAAAGAGUAAAACAGAGGCCUUUGCUUUUUGAAAGAGUCACUCAGAAAAAUGCCAGAAUAGCUGCAGAAAAGCAUUAUUCCAACAGACUGAGAGCACUGGGGAUAAACCCAGAGUUUGUUGCAAAGAAAGGACAAACAACUAUUGUGCUCCAAUGCUCCACUGCUGAAGAUUUCAUCUCCACUGAUGCCAGAGAAAGAGUCAUCGAGAUCAAAGUGAGGGAAAGGGGAUUCCUUGAGGGAGCAGCGGAGGACAGUCCCCACUCUGAGCAGUCCUGGGAGGAGGAGGAAGAGGAAGACAAGGGAAAAGGUGUCAAAACCUCCACCCCAGAUGAGCAGAGCAGUGAGCUGGAGGAUGAGGAAGAGCCCAGAGCCAGCCCUGAUGCUCCUGAGCCCGAGUCCAGCCCACCCUCUGUCCAGAACAGCGAGGAAGAGGAGGAGGAAGCAAAGGCAGGCUUGUCCCCUGGCCAUUCCCAGGAGGAGGAGGAAGAGGAAGCAAAGGCAGGUCAGUCACUUGGCCAUUCCCAGGAGGAAGAGGAGCAGGAGGAGGAUCAUUCCAGCCCCAGCUCUGGGUCUGAGCGCUCCCAGGAGCAGGAGGAGGAAGGUCAGUCUGACCCUGAGGCCGAGGGGGCCUUCCAGUAUGAGGAUGAGGAAUAUGAAAGUGAUGAUUCUGAAGACAAAGCCAGCGAUGAAGAAGCCAACUGACAGGAUGUCCCAGGGCUCAGGAACCUCUUCCAUUGCUGGAAGAGGAACAGAGAAAAAAAAUGGUGCUUUGUUACAGAUACAAAAUUCUGUGAAUUCUUCCCUCUUCACUUCAGAGUCCUCCCAGUGCAGAAAUUGGGUUUGUUUUCCCGUAAGAAACCUCAAGUUACCGGUUUUUCCACCAAGAAAAUAAUCUACUUUUGCAUUAAACUUCUUUAUUCUA